GGCCGCGGGCCUUGUGAGGGAAGUGACGGUUCCUGGUUCGAGCGCCAGCCCGGGCGAAGCGGGCCGGGGCGGCUCGGCUGGCGUUAGCGCCCGGCGUGGAGGAGGCCCCGGGCCGGGGGAGCAGCCCGCCCUCCCUGCUCGCCAGGACAGCCCAGCUGGCGGGGAAGAGCCGGCCCCUGCCCGUGUGCGGAGUCGGGGGGAGAACCGGCCCUGUGCGGGAGGCGGCCAGCGUGAGCGAGGAGCUGCCGGGGGGGCCCGGUCCUUUGGGCUCGUGACUGUGAACCGGGGGUGGGGGGAAAGGCUGAGACUGAGCCCCAAGGACUGCGGGACUCAGGGGUACCUGGAAACGUGUAAAGCUGAGCCCUAGGGGUGCUGAGUGCGUGGCUGGGGCUGAGACAGCUGAUCCCGGGGACAGAACCAAGGGAUAUGGGGAGCUAACUUGCCAGGCACCUUGGAUGAGGAGGGCCGACUCCCACCCCGCAGAAACCCUGAGGUGGGAGGACCCUAGCCCUGGACAGGGCUGGGGAAAGGAGACAGUUCCUUUAGUGUGAGAAGCAUUUCUGCCCCUGAUGGGUUCUGGUUAAUAUUUCCAUUUUUUGGGUUGGGGGAAGGGUUCCUUUUUCCAUGUCCAUUCACUUCACCUAUAAAUAUGAUCAGUGCCCCUGAUGUGGUGGCUUUUACCAGAGAGGAAGAGUUUGAAGAGGAGGCAUACAAUGAACCAUCCCUGCCUGAGGAGUACUCUGUGCCACUUUUCCCCUUUGCUAACCAUGGUGCCAACCCCUGGUCCAAGUUUUCAGGCUCCAAGUUCACCAAGGACUUCAUUCUCAUCUCCGAGUUCUCAGAGCAAGUGGGCCCACAGCCUUUGUUGACCAUCCCGAAUGAUGCCAAAGUUUCUGGCACUUUUGAUCUGAACUAUUUUUCCCUCCGGAUCAUGUCUGUGGAUUAUCAAGCCUCCUUUGUGGGGCACCCUCCUGGAUGCUCCUACCCAAAGCUAAAUUUUGUGGAGGAUUCCAAAGUUGUGUUGGGAGAUUCCAAGGAAGGGGCUUUUGCUUAUGUGCACCAUUUAACUCUUUAUGACCUUGAAGCUAGAGGCUUUGUGAGGCCUUUCUGCAUGGCGUACAUUUCCACUGACGAGCACAAAAUCAUGCAACAGUUUCAGGAGCUCUCUAUAGAGUUCUCCAAAGCAUCAGAGUGCUUAAAGACUGGUAACCGGAAAGCUUUUGCCAAUGAACUUGAAAAGAAACUGAAAGACCUUGAUUACACCAGGACAGUGCUGCACAAUGAAACAGAGAUACAGAAGAAAGCAAAUGACAAAGGAUUUUACACAACCCAGGCCAUUGAGAAAGCUAAUGAACUGGCUAGUGUUGAAAAGUCCAUUAUUGAGCAUCAAGACCUGUUAAAGCAAAUCAGGUCAUAUCCUUAUAGAAAACUGAAGGAUUCUGAUUUCCAUCCAUAUGAACCAGAGUGUGCACUGGAUCAAGCAAACGCAAGCGUUAAUCAAGACUCUACUACCUCUAACCUUGAUGAUCCUGGUGAAACGCAUCUUUAUGCGCGGAUGCCAUCUUACACCCCUAAACUCAUCAAAGCAAAAUCUGCCAAAUGUUUUGACAAGAAGCUGAAAACCUUGGAGGAACUCUGUGACGUUUAUUUUUUCACCCAAACUCUUGAUCAGUUAAAUCAAAUAGAGAAAACAUUUAGAGGUGAUGUGUGCUACCUUUUGACAAAUCAGAUCUGUGAAGCACUUCUAAAGCAGCAAAGUCUAACUAACUUCCUUUUUGAAGAUAAGUCUGUUUUAGAUGAAAAACCAGCUGAAAAACAAUACAGUGGUUGCCAGGGAUCUAAUCAAGACGCUGUCAACACCAAGUGUUUGGAAGAAUCUCCAAUUCCUAAAGUGUUAAUCAGCUUGGAAUCUUACAAAUCUAGUGUGGAGUCUGUACCUAUCAAGAUGGAGCAGGAGAUUGAAGAUUCCCGAGAACCAGAAGUCACUGAACCUAUUGCUUUAGACCAGGAGAAUUUGGAAUACCUUGAUGCAGACAUUAAAGGGAGUAUUAGUAGUGGUGAAAGCAUUGAGGUUUUGGGAACAGAAAAGUCUACUGCUGUUCUGACAAAAUCUGAGAGCCAGGCAAGUUUGCCUAUCCACCCAAGUCCACAGGUGGUCAGGAGCAAGGCAGUCAGCCGAAGGACCAUCAGUGAGGACAGCAUUGAAGUCCUCAGCUUGUGUCCUUCAGAAUCUUUGAUCCCUGAAGAUUUUAAAGCAAGCUACCCAAGUGCCAUUAAUGAAGAAUCUUAUGCAGAUGAUGAAGGUCGAGGUAUUCACAUCAGCCCAAGUUUAAAUCCAUCUAAUGUUGAAGAGAUGGAAGGCAAUUCUGAACAGGAGAAAUUAUUGCCAGUUGAUUCUGCCUGUUGUAUUGGGAAAGAGUCUCCAAACUUUUUAGAACCUCUAGCUGACCUAACACACAAACAUUGUGGUGAUGAUGGUGUGGUCAGUAUUCCACCACAGCCAUAUAGACAGGUGGAUCAGGGAUUUCAUGUGAACUUCACAGACUGUUCUUCACAUGAUGUCGUCUCAGGAGGACUGCUUUCUUAUGAACUUGAUCCACAUUACUUAAGCAGUAGAGAGGCCAGUAGAAUUAGUCUGGAUGAAUACUCAGACUCCACAAGCUAUGUGAGCAGUGCAGCAUCCACAUGUUCUGAGACUCCUCCUGCUCAUCCUCUCAGUCACAUUAGUGAAAGGCACAAAAAAAAGGCUGGCCAGAAUGCCUUGAAGUUCAUUAGGCAAUAUCCCUUUGCUCAUCCUGCAAUAUAUUCUCUGCUCAGUGGAAGGACGCUAAUAGUGCUGGGGGAAGAUGAAGCAAUGGUAAAGAAACUUGUAACUGCUCUCUCCAUCUUUGUUCCUAAUUGUGGGGUGUAUGCCAAGCCUGUGAAACACUGGGUCACUUCCCCUUUGAAUAUCAUGGAUUUUCAGAAGUGGAAGCUGAUUGGACUGCAGAGAGUGGUUUCCCCUGCUGGUGUUAAUAUGCUGCACUCCUUGGGUCGAUACAGCCGGUACAUCAGCAUUCUGGAUGCAGACAGUAAGACUCUGCGCUGCCCCCUUUAUAAAGGAACCCUGGUGCCCAGGCUUGCCGAUCACCGCACUCAGAUCAAACGAGGAAGCACCUAUUAUAUGCACGUCCAAAAUAUUCUAACUCAGCUGUGUUCUAAGGCCUUCCUGUACGCCUUCUGCCAUCACUUGCACCUUCCCAUCAAUGAGACAGAAACAGAGGAAUCCAUUGCGUCUCGCAGGAUGAACUUUCUGAAACUUCAUCUGGGACUUGUGAAUGAAGAUGUCAAAGUCGUACAGUACCUAGCAGAGCUGCUGAAAUUGCAGUACAUUCAGGAAUCUGUCAGCGGUAUUAACCCUAUGCUCAGAUUUGACUACGUUCCCAGCUUUUUAUACAAAAUUUAGCAUCACCUGGGCUGCCCUUCUGUGGACUCUGAUUUUGAUGAAGGUCACCUGUGCUUGACUUAGCUAUUUACAAAUAUGUGAUGUAUCGGGAAGAAUGCAAAGUAGUCAACAUAUUUGCAAGCAAGAGUCUGCUGUGUAGAAAACAGGGUCUGAAGGAACCUGAUUUCUGUGCAGCUCCCAGCAGCUGAGAACUGGAUGUGUUGUACCCCAGCAAAGAAAUGAGAUCUAAAAAUAUUGGCCACUCCAUCUGUAAAUGUUAAAGGGACACUGUCAACUUUUAAAAACCUUACCAAGAAACCCAUUCCUAUCAUGUUCACGGCGCAGGGAGGGCGGGAGAAGUCGGCUAUCAUUAUAGGGUGAUAUCUGUUGAGUAGCGUCCAGUCCCCUCAGUGCAUGACAACUUGUAUAUUCAAGUUAAAACUUUGCAUUUUCCUGGCUAGUGCAUAGACAGGAGUAAAGUAUGACCCCUGUGGGUUUUGACUGGUUUAUAUAUACAGCAAAAUACAUUUGCCCAAGUGUGGGAGUGAUACUGAGAUAUAUAAUAAAGCUUCCAACUAUGAUGGAGGCUAAAAAUUACCUGCCCACAUUAAAUAGUUCACAGUGCCCCUUUGCAUUGUCUGGGUUCAUUAAUGGUUCAUGGAAUUGAUUCUUGCUGAGCCUAUGAGCUAGAGAUCAAACAUGUAUUCUUCUGUUGACUUCUCAGCUUUGCUGGAAGAUGAAAAGUUGUAAAGAGUUCUUCUGUAUCUUAGACUGCACGGAGGCUCCCCUUUCAGCGUGAAUGUAGAGCACUGUGCCUUGUUAAUUUGCAGCAGACUCUCUUUUCUUGAUGACCUGGGGAUCGGGAAGGAGACCUACUCGUCUUUAAAGCUUGCAGGACUUUGCAGCACUGCUGUGGUGUAAUCUUGAAGGAAAUAUGCUAGUUGAAUAGCAAAAAGGGCCCCUGUUGGUUGCUCUCUGAGUGUAGAGAAUAGUGCAACUCGGCUGAAGCUGCACGCAAGUAGGGGGACAAGGAGCCUCUUAGGGCAGGCACUCAGGAGGGAUCUGGAAUGAAUGUACUGGAUUAAAUGUUUUAUUCUUUGUAGUUUUGUGUCGGGGGCUAGAUUUGCAUUGGAUCAGAAAAAGAGCGUAGGCUCGGUGGCAGCGAGUGCUGCUUCUGGCUCUGGCUCACCACUCCAAGUUAUUUAUUUAUUUUUUAAUGCCAUGCCUUUGCAACUUCUCUACUACCUCUCCCAUAGCAUCCCUUGGGUAGUUCUGGAUGCUGCAUGCAGUUCUGCAUUUCACUGAGCCUUUUCGUUGUAUAUUGAGGACUUUCAAAGCUCCUCUCACAUUGCAAACUGUGCCAGAACCUUCAUAAUGCCUUUAUGGUGAGUGCUGAAGGAUUCAUGCUCUGCUUUUGUCAUGCAUCUCUUCCUUCCAGGAGAAUCUCCGAGGAGGUUACAUCUCAUCCAUUGCCACCCCUUGGCUAGAGAUUACUGCAGUACGUCCGAUGCCAGCCCCCAAAGUUCUUUUACAUGAGAGAAAAGUCUUGGUGGAAAAGAUCACCUUGGUUUUAUUUCUUUUUAGCACUGUUCUUGUCUGAUUCGGGGGGAACAUGGGUUUUACUAGAAUAGCUGAACCGUGUAUAUAUAUAUUUUUAAACAUCUGUCUAAUGUGAUUAUGUGAGACAGUGCUGAAAUUGAAUGUACCAGAGGAAGCUGCAGUGCAGAGUGUUGGGUUUGUUAGUUUUAGAUUCCGCUGAAAUGCUCUUAUGUAACGUGCAUCCCAAACUAAGGGUUGGUCUACACUGGGGGGGAGGGAUUGAUCUAAGAUACCCAACUUCAGCUAUGCUAUUUGUGCAGCUGAAGUUGAAGUAUCUUAGUUCGACUUACCCGGCUGUCCUUAUGGCAGCAAGUCUACCGCUGCAGCUCCCCCGUCGACUCCACUUACUCCUCCUGCCGAGGUGGAGUACAGGCGUCAAUUCAGGGAUCGAUUUAUCAUGUCUAGAUGAGAUGCAAUAAAUGGAUCCCCGAUAGAUCGAUUACUACCCGAGUGGCCAAAGAAAGGCUCCUUAGAGACACAUUGCACCGUGUGUUCCUAGUGUUUAUAGUGCUGUAACACUGACUCCUCCACACACAGAGAAAUGUCUUUGAGACAGGACUGAAGCAGGCCCGGGGGCAGCAAUGGGGAGAGAAGACUAUCUUAAGUGUUAGGAUCGCUACUACAGUGAGACCAGGUGAAACAGGAAAUAGUGAGUUACCGCAGGCUCACUCAAGUUGGAGGUUGCUUCUGAUUCUUUUAGCAUGCAGUCGGGAGCCAGCGUAAAGUAGCUUUUUGCUGAAGGGCUGAGCAGUGUGUGCAUGUGUCCUGUCAGCUUUACAUGUGUCUGCGCACCACGCUGCAGAAUUGUUUUCACGUUUAGAAAGCAUGUUUAAAGAACUUUUUCUUUCUCAGAUUCUAAAUUUGACCGCCUGCAUGCAGCUAUUGCAUGUGAACUGGGUCUGCUACGUGAAAGCUAUUUUUAUGCUUAUAUAAAAACACUGUAAUGUGCUAGGUGACUGAAGCCACUGCUUGUUAAAUCAAGGGUGUGUCUUAAUAACCUUAAGCCUAGACAAGAUUCCAAGCAGAAUAAGAACAGCUGGGAUCAUAAAUGAAUAGUACAGGUAAUAUGAUUCAGUCAUAACCUCUCUACCUAUUAAUUGACAGAGUGGAAAUAUAUUAAUCUCAAGACCUCAUCUUUGUACUGAAAAAUAACCUGACGCUAAUUGGGAGUGAGGAGGGUAAGACACAUUGAAGUUCGUGAAGACUUUUGUCUGUCCCUAGCUGACAGCUCAGAACAGGGGAGCAGGACUGGUGAUGGUUGCAGGAUACAAUAUUAUGGGACUUUCUAAUUGCAGCAGCCUUUAUCUGUACUUUGUAAUCAGAUUCCUAAGGUGGUAAAUGAAGAUUCUCAUUUUUCUCUACAUGCAAAACUGCAGUGGUGUCUAAUGUUCUGCAAGGUGAGGUUA